UCCGAUUUGAAGAGUUCGACGAAGAUGGACGAGCUGUUGGGGCGAAUUGUCGAUGGAGAUACUGUUUCUCUGAGCGACAUGGAAGGCAUGGGGCUGAAGCAUGUCUUCAUGGAAGUCAUUGAACGAAUCCGUGUGGAGGAGGAAGUGUGCAGCGAGACAACGUCGAGAUUCCGUCGCUUGCUUGCAACGCAAGCAACAAUCCUCGCUGGGUUCCCCCACGACAAGCGAGCUCCCUUCUUGGAAGAUGCGCUAUCCAUGCUACUGCGAAAAACUCAGCCGAAGAGUCCAGCCCAUGACGAAUUUGUCCUCGACCUCAUUCAGGAUCUCCUCCUGAAGGUGCAAUUCCCCGGCAAUGCAUCUCCCUCCAUUUUACGGCAAUCUAAAAGCAUUGUGGGAUGCAUUCUCGCAAUCCUCGGCACGAACAUGGAGCGUUUGAUGGGUUCAUCUCUUCCUCCCCCUGCUCUCGUGGAGAUGGCCGUUGCUUCGCUCGGACGUUGCUGCAUUCCGUUCGACCACCUUGUCCUCUUUGCCCGGUGGAAGGUCUAUCGAUCUGAAUGGAUGAAUGCCAUACUUCCUAAUGCCUCCAUGGACACUUCAUUCGACGACGAGUUGGAUGAAGACUGCGAUGAAGAACACGACAUUCGCGCAGACGUGAUCCGCGACACAAACCAGAUGCUAUCGGCCGUUCUUCCCGACCCGUUCGGUUUAAAAUACCUCGGCGAGCCGUCAUGGCCCGACACUGGUCUGGCCGUCAUGGCGUAUUGGCUCGCACUUGCCCCUUCGCUCCGCAGCGUCGGGGCCACAACCGUUUCUUUCGACGUCUUUGCGAUCCAGCCCCUGGCUCCUUACAUUGAAACCUUGGUAAACCACCCCUCUCUCGCAGCAAAACGCGGCGCGAUCACCCUCACAACAGCCAUCAUGCACCACCCUAAUCCCUUGGCGCUUAUCGACGCUUCUGUGGAAGCUUCUCCAACGGAAAAAGUGUGCGGCCUCGAUACGUUUGCAAGGCUUCGAUUGACCGACCGUCUGCAAUCUGUGACGCCGCUUCUCCGAGGCGUCCUCACCGCCCUGGUCGUCCUCCCAAACGCGCCUGACAGAGCGCACGGUCUCGCUGCGUGGCAGCUCCUCGUGGAUUGUGUCUCGCCAGCGACGAGGUUUGACGUACUUGCUGAGCUGGCCCGCACGUGCCCGUUUCCGAAUUGCGUCGCGAUCGUCGUCGACCGUAUACGUGGAGACAUCGCCAAGCAGUGGGGAGAACCUUCUGCCUCGAGCUUGCAUGCGAAGCUCGUCCCGUUUCUGACAACCAUGCUUCGUGCGCGUCCAGACCAAGAAUUCGUCCGCCAUAGUGAUGCUAUUGCCAGCGCCCUUAGUCUCUUGCGCUUCCUCCUUCUUCGAGACAAGGCGACUCGCGUGCUAGACUUGAGCAGCCUGCAGCCGUUGCUACAAGGCCAGUGGCGGCGGCUGAAACACCUUGCCGCAACACAAGCGAGCCUGGAAAAGUCGCGUCGAGAGCUGAAACCAUCGCCUCCUCCAAGCGGCCAUGUCCUCACCAUGACGUUCGACACCACAUCGGAUGGUCCAGAAGAUGCGGCCGACGCCAGCUCGAUCGAGUUCGACCUCAUGCGGCUAUACAUCAUGGACGCAGCGUUUGAAGCUGCGAUGGACGCGUUUCUGUAACUUGCCACAGAAUGUCGUCGUCGACGAGGUCGGGAAUGACCGAAAGGUCGUCUCCACGUGGCAAUUUACCACGGGACCGAAGCAGCGGCGAAUCCAACCGAGCCAGCGGAGCGAGUUGUUUCGGCGAUUUGACGCGACGCGGAUCGACGUCGCGGCUGCUCGGCUACGAAUGGCCCGUCCGUCGAGUGUGUCCAGGUAGACGAUAAUGCUGAAUCGUGUAUCGACUUACCGGAAA